AACGCACCAAACUUAACUACCAAUUGCCGUAGAAAUAGAUUUUCGAUCAUCACUCAAAUGGAUCUCUCCUUCAUUACAGUUGGGUAGAAUAGGUCCAUUCUUAAUCGUCGAUUCGAUCCUCUACAGAAACUGUCCAGUCUAGUUGAUCUGUUCUUGCUUGAGCUGAUUGUGAUUUCCUAUGAGCUUUCUCUAGAGUUUGAUCCGACACUGUGUAUUGGACUGCGUUCAAUUCAAGCCCAAUCCGAUGGUCUUCAAGGUCGGGCUUGUACGCCCAAAGAACAUUCUUGAGAGUUUGAUCCGACACUCUACAGUGUGAGAUAGGCGGCCUAAAGAUUUGCACACAUCAAUGAAGACGGAAGAGGUCCCUGCUUGCCACAAAUCGAAGUUCUUCAGAGUUUUUUUUUUUUCAUCAAAUCUGGAAUCGCAAGCUAGAAAUUCUGUCUGCGAAGAGCGAUGGGGAGGAUAUUUGUGGUGGAUCUGGAAGGCAGAAGUUACAGAUGCAAAUUCUGCAAAACCCAAUUAGCUCUUGCCGACGAAGUUGUUUCCAGGGCAUUUCAUUGCCGCAGGGGAAAGGCAUACCUGUUUAAUAAUGUAGUGAAUAUCACCAUCGGAGCUCAGGAGGAGAGGGUGAUGCUCUCCGGAAUGCACACAGUUGCUGAUAUAUUUUGCUGCUGGUGCGGGCAACUACUUGGCUGGAAUUACGAAAAGAGCCAGAAACACAAAGAAGGAAAAUUUGUUCUUGAAAGAUGGAGGAUAGUAGAUGGACUGGACUCGGAAUUCUACAUCGACACGCAUCCGACGACGACGAGCGAUGUCGAAGAUGCAUAGAGUUUGGGUUGAUGUGCUACAACAUAGGUACAUUUUAUGAGCCUAGCUUGUUUGUAUAAAAUAGUAUAAGAAUGAGAGUUUUUUUUUUUUUUUUUUUUGAGGAAUCGACAAUAAAAACAUACUUACUACUACGACCUGUGCUGUGUGACUUAUUCAAUAAAGUAUGCAUGUUCGACUGUUGCUUUGUAAUA